GCAGCACAUCCUGGGUUUAUUCCAGCAAAAAAGCAUUCAUGAAAGGCGUAAUACCUUUACCAAUUCCUAUCUCUAUUCUCCUUUCCUAUUCGCUUGUGCCGUAGCCCUCGUCCCCUCCCCCGUGGCCUCCUCCCACCUCGAGGAGACCUAACCCCCAUCCCUGUUCCUCUUCCUACUCCUAUCCUCAUCGUUAUUCUCCUCAUUACCUUCUCUGAGAAUAUUCGCAGCGGCCGCCGAUUUCUCUCUCCAACCCGCCUUCCCUCGCCGCUGCCGACCUCGCAAGAUUGUCGUGUGGUUGGGGAAAUUUUUCCAUUGUUGUUCUAAUCCACCAAUUAGUUCCCUGCAUGUCUCUUCUCAGCAGAACAGAUAAGAUCCAUUUAUUCCGAGGUGUCUUUCACUUACUAGCUAUUUACAUCUUUACAGUUGUCCUUUCUUAGCUAUGUUGUCUUCUUGCCGCUUCUUCGAGUUCCUUUUUUAAUUCCCCUGCUGUGUCUUCUGUUGGAAAUUUGGAUUGGAUUGGAUUAUGGGAGGCUGCUUUUAUGCGCAUUUGCUACAAGUUUAAAACCGCUUCCACAUAGCUUGCUAUCAGGUCUGCUGUCUGCUUUGGACUUUCGUUAUUUCCUUUAGGAAGAGAUAGAGAGAGAGAGAGAGAUCUGCCUGAAUUUUUGCUGGUAUCUUUGUUCUAUGUCGAUUGAUUUAUCAUACAUUUUACUUUUGCUGCUAUAUAAUGCUGCUACGAUUACUUCUUGCUGUAUCUGUUGUAUUGGUAUAUUUGAUGUUAGACAUGCCAACAAAGAGAGUUGCUGCAAAGUCUGUUAGGGAACGCACUUCUAAUUGGACCAAUGCACUUGAUGAGACCAUGUUGAGGAUAUUGAAACAGGAGUACAUGUUAGGAAACUAUGUUGCAGGACAAUUCACAAAUGAUGCCUGGACACAAAUAGUCUCAGCCUUUAAUCUUCAGACAGGCUUAACUUACACUAAGGCCCAUAUCAAGAAUCGUUUAAAGGUCUUAAAGAAGUCAUUCUCAUUGUACCACACCCUUGCAACCAAAAGUGGAUGGGGAUGGGAUCCAGAUAGAAAUAUGCUGAUCAUUGGAGAUCUUUCGGAUUGGGAAGACAUGAUAGAGGCAAAUCCGCAAUAUGCCAAGUGCAAGGACAGGCCUUUCCCGGCUUUUGCGAUCCUUGAGUUGCUUUGUGCAAAUACAACAAUUGCAAAGCAUCAGGAUAAAACAGUUCUAGAUACAAAUGACAGGGAUAAUAGCUCUAACACAUCCCAUGACGUCUCUAGUUCCUCAAAUCCCAGGAAAAGAAAAAGGACUGUCCCAAAAGCCAUACCAGAGCCUGUGCAGACUGGAAGGAGGCGACCAAAGAUAGCUAAAGAACGGCUCCGUUAUGAAAAUGCUGCCGGACUGAGGGUGUAUUCAAUUGAAGAUUGCAUUGACAAGUUGGAAACACUGCCUAACAUCUCCUCUGAAGCAUUCCUUUCUGCCUGUGAGGCUUUCAAGGACGAGCAUGAUAGGUCCAUUUUUAUGCGACUUAAUGGACCUUUGCUUAACAUGUGGAUUGAUAGGCAGGUUGCUAAGCACUCCAUAUCAGCAGUCCAGGCAGUACUACCCGCCCAGCAGCAGUCAACUUAGUAGUUCUGGUCAGACCAUGGGCAGCAAUGCUGCCAAAAUUACUACUUCCCUUAAAGGCAGGAGACUGUUUGAUUUUGACAUAGUUUUUGUUUUUCGGUUAUGUAUAGUUCCCCACACUGGAUGGUGGGAUGUCAACUUCAAAUUUCGUGACAUCUUAAUUGACCAUUUUAUUAUCAUCCUACUACUAAUGUUAUUUUUGCACUCAAUCUGUAAUUUAUGCUUGAGGUGUUUUUGAUUUGA